AUGUUUCAAGGCUGGGGUAUCACUUCGAAUUUUUCUUUGAUUAAAGGGGGUAGGAUUCUUGUUACUUGGCUUCCAGAUUUCUUUCAGAUUCAGAUCUUGCAGAUUCAUGCUCAGUUUAUUCAUUUGAGAGUUAAGAAUAUGACAAUUUCUAAUGAGUAUUUUCUUACAGUGGUGUAUGGUGUAAAUGAUAGUCUUGGUAGAGAAGAGUUGUGGGGUAGGUUGAAGGAGAUGGGAGGUAAAAGUCAAGAGCCUUGGAUCAUUUCUGGGGACUUUAAUUCUCCUCUGAAUUAUGAUGACAAGGUGGGGAGACCUAUUACUCAUUCUGAGAUUGAUAGUUUUAGAGAAUGUGUGGAUUUUUGUGAAGUUCAGGAUAUGAAGUGUAUUGGUGGUAAAUUCACUUGGAAUAACAAGAAAAAGGGUGACAUCAGAGUUUACUCUAAAAUUGAUAGAACUAUGGUAAAUGAGGCCUGGAUUAGUGCUUUCCCUGAUUCUCAUGUUCAUUACCUUCCUGAGCUUUACUUUGAUCAUUGUCCAGCAGUGAUUAAGCUUGAUGAGGGUAUAAUGGUGGGUAAGCCAGGGUUCAAGUUUCUUGAUAUGUGGGUUUCUCACCCUACUUAUCAUGAGAUAGUGAGGAAGGUUUGGGAGAUGGAUCUUUAUGGGGUUCACAUGUAUAAGGUUGUUAAAAGAUUGAAAGCUUUGAAGUGUGAGUUAAAAAAACUUCAUAAGUCUAAGUUUGUGGAUAUUGAGAGUAAAUUUAAUGUGGCUCAGUUGAAUUUAAUGAAGCUACAGAAAGAUAUUCAGAGUAAUAUUGAUGAUGAUAGUUUGAGAAACAAGGAGUUUGAGAUGCUGGAGGAUUUUUCUCAAAUUAGAAACCAGUAUUUUUCUUGGUUGUCUCAGAAAGCCAAGACUAACUGGCUUCAAGUUGGGGAUGAGAACAAUAACUUUCAUAGAAGCAUUAAGAUGAGAAAAUACAGGAAGAGAGUGAUUGCUGUAAAGAAUACUUCUGGAGUUUGGUGUGAUAAUCCUAGGACAGUUUCUGAGGCUUUUAUUGAGUAUUAUAAAGGUCUUCUUGGUGAUGAUCCAGGGGAAGAGGAUGAUGUAAGAAAGGCUAUUUUCUCUAUUCCUAGGGCUAAAGCUCCAGGACCUGAUGGGUAUAACAGCACAUUUUUCAAUUCUUCUUGGAAUAUUGUUGGUGAUCAAGUGGCUGAUGCUGUACUGCAGUUUUUUGAGACUGGUAAGUUACUUAAAGAGUUGAACUGUACUAUUCUUACUUUAAUCCCUAAGGUUGAGCAUCCAGAAUCUGUCACUUAA